CAGGCGCGUUGUGCGCCGGCGGCCGGGGCGGGGGCUGCGGAGGAUGCGACGGCUUUUGGUUUGUUUGGAUUGUGGGCGGUGCGUGCACAGCCCGGGAAAAGCGGGAAAUGGCGGCGCCGAGCGCGCCCUCCCUGCCCGCGCUCCAGCAAAAGGGGCUAAUGGCCGCGGACAGGGGGCGCAGGAUAUUGGGAGUAUGUGGCAUGCAUCCUGACCAUCAGGAAGCUCUAAAAAAGAACCGAGUGGUGCUGGCCAAACAGCUGUUGCUGAGUGAACUGUUAGAACACCUCUUGGAGAAGGACAUCAUCACCUUAGAAAUGCGGGAGCUCAUUCAGGCCAAAGUUACAAGUUUCGGCCAGAAUGUGGAACUCCUCAACUUGCUGCCCAAGAGGGGUCCUCAGGCUUUUGAGGCUUUCUGUGUAGCCCUGAGGGAGACCAAGCAGGGCCACCUGGAGGAUCUGUUACUCACAACCCUUUCUGGUCUUCAGCACGUACUCCCACCGGUAUGGAGCCCUAGAAAUACGUUGAGAAGGUUGAGCUGUGACUACGACUUGAGUCUCCCUUUCCCGGUGUGUGAGUCCUGUCCUCCUCACAAGCAGCUCCGCCUGUCUACAGAUACUGUGGAACACUCCCUAGACAACGGAGACGGUCCUCCCUGCCUUCAGGUGAAGCCUUGCACUCCUGAGUUUUAUCAAGCACACUACCAGCUGGCCUAUAGGUUGCAGUCUCGGCCUCGUGGCCUGGCACUGGUGCUGAGCAAUGUGCACUUCACUGGAGAGAAGGACCUGGAGUUUCGCUCUGGAGGUGAUGUGGACCACAGCACUCUAGUCACCCUCUUCAAGCUCUUGGGCUACAACGUCCAUGUUCUUCUUGACCAGACUGCAAAGGAAAUGCAAGAGAAACUCCAGAAUUUUGCCCAGUUACCUGCUCACCGUGUCACUGACUCCUGCAUAGUGGCACUCCUCUCUCAUGGCGUGGAGGGUGGCAUCUAUGGUGUGGAUGGCAAACUGCUUCAGCUGCAAGAGGUUUUUCGGCUCUUUGACAAUGCCAACUGCCCGAGCCUACAGAACAAGCCGAAAAUGUUCUUCAUCCAGGCCUGCCGUGGAGAUGAAACAGAUCGUGGGGUUGACCAGCAAGAUGGAAAGAACCAUGCAAAAUCCCCUGAGUGCGAGGAGAGUGAUGCUGGUAAAGAGGAGUUGCUGAAGAUGCGACUGCCCACUCGCUCAGACAUGAUAUGUGGCUAUGCCUGCCUCAAAGGGACUGCUGCCAUGCGUAACACCAAAAGGGGUUCCUGGUACAUUGAGGCCCUCACCCAAGUGUUCUCUGAGAGAGCUUGUGACAUGCACGUGGCCGACAUGCUUGUUAAGGUGAAUGCACUUAUCAAGGAGCGUGAAGGAUAUGCCCCUGGCACAGAGUUCCACCGAUGCAAGGAGAUGUCUGAGUACUGUAGCACUCUGUGCCGUCACCUCUAUCUAUUCCCAGGACACCCUCCCACGUGAUGCCACCUCUCCAUCAUCCAUGCUGGAUAGAGGCUGCUGGACCACAGGAAGCAUGAGACAGCCUUUUCUCUUCAAGAUGCACGGUUUCUGUUCUCCCCUCUCAGGGAUUGGGAAUCUCCCAGGCUUGUUUCACACACUCAUCAUCUCCGCCUUUGAGUGUGGGACUAUGUGAAGCUCUUUCCCUGUAGAGCUGGCUCUGGCUGGACUUAUUGCCAAGUGUUUGGCUGCAGUAGAGGAGCCUGGUAAAUGAUGUUGUGAACACAGUGUCUUUAUGGGGAGAGUGCAUAUGGGUUUCCUCGAUGUUUGUGUUGAGUUCCUGCCCCCAGGGUUUUGUAGGUAGCACUUUGGUAAUUGCUUUCGUUAUGUUAGUUAAGAGGUCUCAGAGAUCAUCUCCUAUCUUUUCUUUCAUGUCCCAACCCCAUUUGUCCCAGAGUGAGUUGCUGGGACCUCGGGUGCAUAGGAAAUAGGUUGUUUGACUUCUUCUUCAUAAAGGGAAAGCGGCUACUGAGCUAACUGCUUAAUGGGCUUCUAUUUCCCUGAGAAUAAACACGUGACACAAGAGGAAUGUCAUGAGAUCAAGGGUGAUUUAAUGUAGGCAUUUUUCAUUUGUCUUCAAAAAGACAAACAGAACUAGAGACACACUCUGUUGCUAUAUGUGGAAAUGACCUGUGCAUUCCCUUCGGAACCGCAAGGCCACACAGUGGAAGGACAGUCUUCUCAGCUCAAGGAAUUCAACUGUUCAGCAGAGCUUAGGGUUUGGAUGCCUUGUGUCUGUAACUUGGUGAUCUUUGCCCACAGAAGUUCCAAAGAUCUUUUAAUUGUUGUUCUCUCUCUGAACUUUGUUACUGAAAUGAGCCUUGCAGAGAGUGUCAGCUCGUUGAUCUUUGCCCACGGAAGUUGCAAAGAUCUUUUAAUUGGUGGUUCUCUCUCUGAACUUUGUUACUGAAAUAAGCCUUGCAGAGUGUCAGCAGAGGCAGAUAAGAGUAGCUUGUACUCUACAACCUGUCACCUUAUCUUCUCUUUUCUUCCUAUGAAAUGUCCCUUUCUGUAAAAGCUUCCUAGUUGUUAUCUCCCUGCUUCCUGUUUCCUCUCCUCUUUACCUUCAUUUCAUCCUGUUUAUUGCUGCCCCCAAAUUGCUUAGAUAGUACUUAAUUGGAUCAUUGGCUGCUCAAGGAUAUAAUGCAGUACCUUGUUCCUGCUUUCUGCUUCAGUGUUAAAUCCCCUUUUGAUUUUAUAUGGCCUGUUUCCCCUUCCCAUUACGUUUCUCCAUUUCAAGGAGGGCACUUCCAUAUGUUAUUAGGUUACCCUAGAAGCCUUCUUUAUCUUUGCUUCUAUGAAACUCUCCUGUUCUUUAAGCCCUUCUUUUCUACUUCUAUUCUUGCCCCUUCUAAUCUAACCUCUAUGUGACAGAUUUUGGUUUUGAUUUUUAAAUAGAAAUCUGAUCAUGUCACUCCCGUGUUUGGAACGCUUUGGUUUCCUUCUAUACCUCAAAUAAAAUCCAACUUCUUACCUUGGCCUACAAGGCCCCUGCCUUCCCCCUUGAACCUCAUUAAGUACUAAUUUCCCUCUAAAUGACAGCCACAGUGGCUUCUUCAGUUUCAUAAUUCUGAGCUCUUUCCUGUCCUGGACCAUCUCACUUUUCUGGGGUCUCCCGUCCUUGGCUUGAGUGGCUUCUUCAUUCUUCAAGUCUCAGCUUAAAGCCCCCCUCCGGAGGCCUUCCCAGGCCCUUCUAUCUGUAAACAGUCUUCUCCUGUGCUUCUCUCUUACUGCAUCCUGUUUAAUUCCUUUGUUGCACAUAUCACAAUCUAUAAUCAUAUAUUUACUUGCUUCACCUGUUCAUUUCUGUCUCCCCUACUAGGUCGUAAGUUCCAUGAGAGCAGAACCCUUGUCUCUCUUGUUCACCAGUAUGUACCCAGUGCCUGGCACAUGGUAGGUCUUCAAUAAAUGUUUGUUGAAUGAAAGAAGGAAGAAAGCAAUCCUAGCUAGAAUCCUCCUUUUUGACAAAAUUUCCCUUUGAUAAUAUACACAGUUGAGCGUUUGUACUCUAUUUUUCCAUGUGUUUUGUUUUAUCCACUGGUAUUAAUUAGCUCCUGAAGACAGAUGUCAUGUGUGAGACAGAUGUCACGUGUGAGACAACUUCCUCCACUUCCCCCAUAGUGCCUGGCACAGUGCUCGGCCUACAGAAGUUCAGGUGCUUAGUCAAUACUUGUUCUGUGAGCCAGGUGGUUCAGAGACUUGUUGCCAAGUCCUGCCCUUGGGUCAGUAUCAUAUGGAAGUAUUUGGGUGAUAGAACCUUUCCACUUCCCACUGCCAGGAUUUUGUAUUGCCAUCAGGUGCCAAAUAAAUGCUCGUAUUUAUUACUGA